AUGGAAAGAACGCGCAAUGAACGGAAUAAUGAACGGAGCAACAUUAACCAUUCUAUCAUAGUGAUAAAAGCACUCAUAAAAAGCAAUGCACAAUUUUAUUCUCAUCGCUUUGGUCUUUUUGUUCAUUAUUCGACAACAGACGAAUUUCGAAAAUCCAUUAUGCAAUAUACUGUGUGUAUUAUUUUAUUAUUUUUUGCUGCAUUAUCAAAUGGACACUUUUUAUCGCCCGCAAUCAUUAGUUCUGACCUGGGAUUAAAACCUGAUAUGAUAGAAUACAUAGCUUUUCCUCAGUCGGCACUGAAAGAUACAGAAGUCGAAAUAAGACUGCGGUGUGCAGAAGAUGUCGAUUUAAUUUUCGAUGUCCAAUUCGUUAUUCGAAGUUCGCCGUGUGAUAAAGAAUUUUUUGAUAUUAAUCGACUUGUACAAGUCAAAGAACUUUUGAAUUUUUAUUUUGAUCACGAAUAUGAAAUACCUGAUGGUUAUGAUUAUAAUGAAAUUUUAUUUUAUAAAUCGAAAAUUCAACGGUUUAGCUGUAAAGAUUCGCAUGGUGUAAUGUUAUUUGAUGAUCAGACACCCCAUGUUCCCAUGCGUGUUCACAAUGUUGUUAGUGUAACGCCACAGAGAAAGAUAAAAAUGCAUGCAGAUUAUGGAGAAAACUUAAAACCUUCAGAUUAUAUCCUUAGAUCUGUUUCAUCGAUACAAGAAGAAGAGGAAAAUUGUGAUUUCGUAGGACCUAGGUGUGCUUCGAAUAAAACGAUGAAGAAAGUAGCAAUGUCGAGGACUAAACGUGAAUACGCUGGUGUUAAUGGCGAUUCAAUUGAUGGGGGUGCAAAAAUGAGUUUGAGCUCUUGGCAUCCUGUACAAAAGUUUCCAGUGGAUGUUAUUAAUUUUCCAUCUGAUAGACGAAGUCAUAAUAUAACGAUAGAUGUUCAGUGGCGAGGACCGUAUGGAUAUCUUAGUGCAAUUGAUUAUCCACUUCUUAGAUUUUACGCUUUGAUGUGCAUUAUUUACGCUAUUCUUGCUAUUCUUUGGUUAUUUAUGUGUCUAAAACAUUGGAAAGAUAUUUUACGAAUUCAGUUCUGGAUUGGGGCUGUGAUAAUUAUCGGAAUGGUUGAAAAGACAAUGUUUUACAGUGAAUAUGCUACUAUGAAUAUGAACGGCAGCACGGUUGAUGGGUUUAUCGAAAUCAUUGAAAUCGGUCAUAGCAUAGUCAUGAUAGUCGUAAUUGAACUUUGA